AUGCCUCCUCGUAGAGCUAAUUCAAGUAAUGCGAACACUUGGAAUGCAAAUGCAAGAAAUGCAAACACAACUCGUCCAAUCCCAGAUCAAGAAGUCUCCAAUGCUGAAUUCAAGAGUUCCAUUCAGAUGUUUGCUCAGAGUUUCGCCGAACAGAACUAUCAGCGGGAUCAAGCUCAUAUGAAUGGAAAUGGUGGAUCGAUAGCAACAAGGGUAUGCUCUCACAUGGUAGCUGACUCCAUGGAUCAGAUGAAUAAGUUCUUGUGUGGAGUGUCAAAUUUGGUGAAAAUAGAGUGCAAAAAUGCUAUGUUACUAGGAGAUAUCAACAUCUCUAGGCUUAUGACUCAUGCUCAGCAGGUUGAGGGUAAUAAGUUUAAGGAACAUGCCAAGGAGAAUAAGAAGGCUAGGACUGGGAACUAUGACUGGGGUGGUAGAAAUCUCUCGUAG